GUCUGUCUCUAACCUGUCUGUCUCUAACUCGUCUGUCUCUAACCUGUCUGUCUCUAACCUGUCUGUCUGUCUCUAACCUGUCUGUCUGUCUCUAACCCGUCUGUCUCUAACCUGUCUGUCUCUAACCUGUCUGUCUCUCAGUCUUUGUCUUCAUCGACCUGAUGUCAGCUGACCAGUCCAGUUUACCCAGAGGCCUUCAGGAGAAAUAUGUUCUGACUCGACGCAUCGGCACAGGAGUGUGUGGAGAAGUUAAACUGGCCUUCGAGAGAUCGUCGUGCAGGAAAUUCGCCGUGAAGAUAAUCAACAAGAAGAACUUUCAGUCUGAAGGGACGGCAACGAGAAACGCACAGACUGAGAUCGAGAUCCUGCAGAGAGUCGACCACCCUUGUCUCAUAAAAACGGAGGACUUCUAUCAGACGGAGGACAGUUUUUACAUCGUGUUGGAGCU